AUGUCAGGACUGCAGGGGAUUGAACUACGUAGACGACUUGAGACUCAUUCACAAAAUUACCAGCAAACUCCAAGAUCUCAACUUCUGAGUUCUGAAUGCCUAAUCGCAACUAAGCCUACCUGGUUUUGCCUUCUGAAUCUCUCUUCGUGUGUCAACUGCAAGAUGGGUGAUGUUUUCUCAAAAGCAAGCGAGUUCGUGUUUAAGCAAGUCUGUAGCUGUUUUUGUGUCGAAGUCAACCAUAUCUGUAGACUCGACAAGAAUCUAGAGGCUCUGAAAAAAGCCAUGGGAAGACUGCAGGCAAGGCGAGAUGAUGUCUGGAAUUUGGUACAGAGGGACGAGGAGAAAGGCUUACAAAGGCUUAAUGGAGUUAAGGUAUGGCUUAAGGAUGUCAAGACAAUUGAAAAUCAGGCCGAUAUAAUUGAAAGGCAUAUGGCUUGUACUAGUGAACUUCAAUGGUUGUCUCUUUGUGAUGUUUGUUCAAAGAAAUUAGCAUCAAGGUUUGUUUACGGGAGAGAGGUUUUCUCGAUGUUGGAAGAUGUUAAAGAGCUCAUAGAUCGCAAGAUAACCGGAGAUUUCAAUGCUGUGUCUGCGCCACCUACGAGAGAUGUGGUGGAGGAAAGAGAUCUACACGGAAUCAUUGUUGGUCAGGAAACAGUUCUUAAAAAGGCAUGGAACCAUCUCAUGGAUUACGGAACCCAGAUUAUGGGUCUCUACGGUAUGGGUGGAGUAGGAAAAACAACUCUUCUUGAACAGAUCAACAAUAAGUUUAAGGUUGCAAAUGAUGAUGGGUUUGAAAAAGUCAUUUGGGUUGUUGUGUCCAGCAAUCUACUGAUAGAGAAGAUUCAAGAUGAGAUCGCUGAGAAACUAGGCUUUCCUCGAGAAGAAUGGAAACAAAAGAGAAAGACAGAAGGCCACUGA